UUUGACAUCUGUCAUUUGUCAUUGGCAUUUGGCAAGUGUAAUUUGCAUUUGGCCAAAUAUUUUAUCCCUCUCGAAAAAUUGUUUGGUUAUUGUUAUGCAGUAAAAGAAAGGAACAUAUUUUUUUUGUAUUUUUUAACGUUCGUCUAGAUAGAGUCUUUCAGCAACUUCCAUCUGUUCAUAUAGAAAAAAUGGCUUCACACCUGAGUACCAGAGAUCGUUUGCUAUCUCUGAUUGAUGAUAUCGAACUCAUAGCAAAAGAAAUAAUAGAAGUAUCUAUAGCACCAAAAUCACAAAAAUUAACGGCAGCAGACCACGCGCAGUUGACCGAUUUACUUCUAUCUAAAGAUGCUGAAUUGAAAAAAACCUUAGAACUAGCUGAUGAACAGGCAAAAAUUCAACAAAAAAUGAAUGAAUUGAAGGCGGAAGUUGAUAAUAAGGACCAAGAUAUUUAUCAUUUACAAAGGCAACUGAAGGAUGCUGAGCAAAUUCUGGCUACAUCAUUAUAUCAAGCUCGACAGAAACUUGCCUCCAUAGUCAAGUCAAGGAAGAGACCCGUCUCUUCAGAGGAACUUAUUAAAUUUGCACACAGGAUAAGUGCUUCAAAUGCAGUCAGUGCACCAUUAUCAUGGCAGCCUGGAGAUCCUCGUAGGCCAUACCCCACAGACUUGGAUAUGAGAUUGGGUAUGCUCGGACGUCUGUGUGAUCUGCCUCUCAAUGGACACACUCCAUCCACACUUAAUGAGCUCCACAGAAUAACAACAGGAGGAGUACCAGCUUCAGCAACAAAUCAAUUCACAUGGCAUCCAUCUGGUGAGCUUCACAUGUCAGUCGGUGGGGGUAACUCGGUAGCUAUAGACGGCCGAGGAAAAGAUGCGCCAGCGCAGGAAGAUGUUGAAGUUAUGUCGACCGACUCGAGUUCGAGUUCCAGUAGUGACUCGCAAUGAAUAAAAAACUUGAUGAGUAAAAAGUCACAAAAAAGGUGACAACAAUAAAUAUAUUCCACACAUCCGCCUAAGUUAGGCGGCCGCAAAUCAAGAAGACUUGGACCUAGUAUAGUUAAUUGUAUGGAAGUUAUUUAGUAAUAGUUAUAGGGUUUUUGUUGCGAAACUUAACUUAUAGUAAUAAAUUACUUAGGAUAAUGAAUAAAGUAUUUAUAUUAGUCCA